UUAGCCUGUGUAGGAUUCGUUCUCGGACGGCCUGUACUGGAUUGAGCCUGUCAAAUAAACUGACCUGAAAAAACUACGUGCAGCUAAGACUGAAAACAGUGCUGAAAUACGCAUGUAUAUAUUUUACAGGUUUCAUCGUUUUAAUUCAUAUCGUAAAUAGCUACUGCUUUGCAACGUAUACAUACUAGAAGACUUGGGGCACCCAGACCAAAACACGCCACCGCAGCAAAACAGGCUAUACUCAGGUGUCGGGGCAUUGUUGACACUGAGACCCUCCUGAACAGUCCAACAGUCUCCCAGGCCCCCCUCCCUCUACCCUACCCGUUCCCCACCCCUCCCCCUCACAACCUUCACAUCCAUCACUAUGAAUGAAGUCAACGUAGUCAGAGAAGGAUGGCUCCACAAAAGAGGUGAGUACAUCAAGACUUGGCGGCCACGUUACUUCAUCUUGAAAAGUGAUGGCUCAUUCAUCGGCUACAAAGAGAAGCCAGAGUUGUCCGACCAGAGCUUGCCCCCACUCAACAACUUCUCAGUUGGAGAGUGCCAGCUGAUGAAGACAGAGCGACCCAAGCCCAACACGUUUGUUAUCCGCUGCCUGCAGUGGACCACUGUCAUUGAACGGACCUUCCACGUAGAAAGCAAUGCAGAGAGAGAGGAGUGGAUACGUGCCAUCCAGGCGGUGGCCAAUGGGCUGAAGGUGCGAGAGGAGGAGGAGCCUAUGGACCUGUUUGGCUCUCCCAGUGACAGCAGCCUGGAGGAGAUGGAGGUGGCCAUGUCCAAGACCCGCUCCAAAGUGACGAUGAGUGACUUUGACUACCUGAAACUGCUGGGAAAGGGCACGUUCGGCAAGGUGAUCCUGGUCAAGGAGAAAGCCACGGGGAUGCACUACGCCAUGAAAAUCCUGCGCAAGGAGGUCAUCAUUGCUAAGGAUGAGGUGGCCCACACGGUGACAGAGAGCAGAGUUCUGCAGAACACCCGGCAUCCUUUCCUCACAACACUGAAAUAUGCUUUCCAGACCCAUGACCGGUUAUGUUUUGUGAUGGAAUAUGCCAACGGUGGAGAGCUCUUCUUUCAUCUGUCUCGGGAUCGUGUGUUUACAGAAGAUCGGGCUCGUUUUUAUGGCGCUGAGAUCGUAUCUGCGUUGGAGUACCUCCACUCUCGUGAUGUGGUUUAUAGGGACUUAAAGCUGGAGAAUCUCAUGCUGGACAAUGACGGACAUAUCAAAAUCACUGACUUCGGGCUGUGUAAGGAGGGCAUUACGGACGGAGCCACGAUGAAGACUUUCUGCGGGACCCCGGAGUACCUGGCCCCAGAGGUGCUGGAGGACAACGACUACGGCCGGGCAGUGGACUGGUGGGGUCUGGGCGUGGUCAUGUAUGAGAUGAUGUGUGGCCGGUUGCCCUUCUACAACCAGGACCACGAGCGGCUGUUCGAGCUCAUCCUCAUGGAGGAGAUCCGCUUCCCCCGAAACCUGGCCCCCGAGGGCAAGGCGCUGCUCGCCGGUCUGCUCAAAAAGGACCCCAAACAGAGGUUAGGGGGAGGACCGGAUGACGCAAAAGACGUGAUGUCCCACAAGUUCUUCAGCUCCAUCAACUGGCAGGACGUUGUCGAUAGGAAGCUGACCCCGCCCUUCAAGCCCCAGGUGACAUCAGAGACGGACACCCGCUACUUCGACGACGAGUUCACGGCACAGACCAUCACGGUCACGCCUCCGGACAAGUAUGAUAACCUGGACUGCGAGGACCCCAACCAGCCAGCACACUUCCCUCAAUUCUCUUACUCCGCCAGCAUUCGAGAAUGACACCAUCUCCACCACACAGAGGGGCGCACACACUGCUUCAACACACACACACACGCGCACACACACACACACGCGCGCGCACAGAAAACGCACUCACAAGAAGUAACAGACUGCAGUCUUGAGACGCCACGAAAGCUGACGGUUCUCCGCUCACAGCGGGGAUCUCUAAAGUGCCUAGGCUCGCAGCCAUCUCGUCUACCCAAACCCCACCUACACUACGGUCACGCACAAACGCCGUCCCGUGAACUGCACAGGAUCUCAGUACCUCAGGUGGUGGACGUCAUCCACAGCUGCCACGCACAGGGAAUACUUUACCCUGCAGGUGGCGCUAUAGCACGCUACCUCUCCUCGGAGCAGGGCCCUGACGAAAAUCGGACACAACAAUCUCUUAUAGUGUUUUGUUCAUGUUCUCUCUCUGUCAUCGUCUUUUGUUUCCCCCUACCUCUUAUCCUUCUUAAACUAACCCCAUCAUGCGCACUGCUUGAUAAAAAAAAAAAGAAAAGAAAAAAGAACUCAAAUGAAAAGGUGAUGUUUCAUCUUGCUCUUGCAGUGAUUGUUACAGUUCAUAAGGCUUUAUUCAAGUGCCCUUGUCUGGAACUAAUUGCUUCUAAACUAAGCCCUUGGCUUCUAUCGGGAGGAUGGGCCGUCGACAAAUGUGUGUUUUAUUUUUCUUCUGGAACUUUCUGUUACCAUUGGUGUUGAAGUAGUCCUGGUCGAUUACGGGGUGGGCGGGAGGAAUAUCAGAGUGAAGAUGAUGAUGGUGGUGGUGGUGGUAACAGUUCUAUCUGUUUUCCUCUCAAUGUGUUUUUGACUGUGUGUGUUUUGAGAAAAGGUGGGGAGAACCAAAGUGUGUGUGUCUGUGUGUGUGUGUGUGUGUCACACCUGAGGUUGUCAGUGUUGGUUGACCUAACCUGUAAGCUUGGCUAACGUAAAUCGGAUGAAUUUGCGACGUCACACUACAAGGGUGUUUCCAACAAAACUCCAGAACCACAAACUCCGGAAUGCGAUCCGUGAUGCUGGAAAGACAACUACUUUAACUGUAAUCCAUUGUAAUGAACUAGUAUUAUGGUCUUGUUUCCGACUGCGAUUGUUGUGAAUGGAACAUUUAAGUGCUACAGAGAAAUGAAUGGGAUUUGGUACAAGUUGUAUAGGAACAAUUUUUAAAACCCUAAUUUUGAUCAAGGAUUGGUGUCAACAUCUCUGGUCUGCAAUUGAGACACAACAGGGAUUUGCCAUGGUUGAUUUUUAGGCUCUUAGCAACUCAAGCGGACCUCCUUUUACCCAAAUGGAAAGCUGUGUGUUUUAUUGUUGACGUUUCGCAAGAGGAUUUGUUUCCUUUUAGUAGUCAUAAACAUCUGCUGUACUAUCACAAAUGGCCACGCGGGCUGAUGAUGGCCGGAUCAGCGGCAGCGCUCCCCUCUGUUGGCAACACUCGGUGUGUGCCGAAUGUAGUCAUGCCUGCUCCUCUUUGCCUGGUGUCCAUCGCUGGUUGUGACUAGGAGAUCCAGCGGCGGCGCUCCCCUCUGUUGGCAACACUGGGUGUGUGCCGAAUGUAGUCAUGCCUGGUGUCGAUCGCUGGUUGUGACUAGGAGAUCCAGGUGGUUGGUAAAUCCUCCGUUAGUUGUCUGAGCCUUUUCUCCAUUGUGUGCUAUUUUGAAAUCAUUUCGGAGAGGAGCUGUUAUUUUAUUGUAUUUUUUGUGUCUGGUUGUAUGUUCUAUGUCACUGUUUCCCUGCCUUUUGACAUUACUACUCUCAUUUAAGAAAAUUCAUAAAUGUUAAUGAAAGAAA